AUGGGUAACAAGUCGCCGACAAGAACGACUUUGGUUCUACUGUGGGGUCUAUGUCACUGUCUGCCAGCUGCAUUAGCUCUAACGGGUGGCUGGGCUGAGACGGAUCCUACAUGGGUGACGCCAGACGAAUGGCAGAGCGAAGACGGCGUCCGACACGCCGCUGGCUACGUUCUGGACUUCAACUUCCGAACCGGCUGGAGGCGUGCGGCUGACGAGAACACCUGGCGACUGACGUUUGACAUGCAGGCCCCCAUAACACUCUCCCGAAUACGCAUGUGGUACUACCGGGAACGGGCUGUGACGGUCUUACGUGCAAUGCCGCGUGCGCACCGGUUUGAGACUGUGAAACAUUUCCCAGCUUCAGAUCUUUCUGGCAUCUUCAACACCGAUGAAAUCCGUCUGAAUGAAGUAGAUCUGACUGGGUUUCUCGAUACAGGACAACUUUGGCGCCUGCAAUUCACUAGUAUAGGAGUUCCGAACACUUUCGAGGUCAUGGAGGUGAAGUUUUUCCAAGAUGAAGACAUUUGUGCCAAUGGAGCCACCAUCAACAAGGCACGAGUGUGCGAUGGCACAGACGACUGUGGAGACAACUCAGACGAGCGGCACUGCUGUGAACGACGAGACAAGAUAGCCUGCAACAAUGGGGAAUGCAUAGACCCGCAAAUUCUUAACAAACCAGUCUCUUCUACAUGUGACGGGGAAGAAGACUGUAGCGAUGGAAGCGACGAGUCUUGUGUGGCUGUUCCCUGUGAGAAUGGAGCCAUGUUCCACCCGGCUGGACGAUGUGACGGGAGAUACGACUGUGGAGACAACACCGACGAGAAGAACUGUGGCUGUUACUAUCUCCGCGACAAAGGGACAAGCUACAGAGGCCGUGCAAACCAAGACGACUCCUGUCAGCACUGGACAUCUCAGUACCCCCACGCCCAUAACCACACUCCCGAGGCGUACCCGUCAGCAUGGCUGGAGGCGAACUACUGUAGGAACCCGGACGGGAAGGACAGGCCGUGGUGCUACACCAGCAACCCGCUCAUCAGGUGGAUGUACUGCGACGACGUCUUUGCCUGUGAUGCCGUACCAACACGCUGCUUCUACGAAAUUGACAAGGGAAGGAGCUACGCAGGGCGCGUGAACAGGGCAGGAGACCGGCUGUGUCAGAGAUGGGACUCCCAGACCCCCCACAUCCAUCCCCACACACCACAGGCUCAUCCUGAUGCGGGGCUGGAGGAAAACUUCUGCCGUAACCCUGACAACAAGGACCGGCCCUGGUGCUACACCACGGACCCGACAUUGAGGUGGGACUUCUGCAACGUGAUGGAAUGUGCCGACCCCACCUCCCUGGACUUCAUCGGACAAGAGUGCGAGGGAGAAUACACCUGUAACAGCCAGUGGGCAAUGACACGAUGGAGGCUUUGUUCUUGUGACCACGACUGCAGCUUUUUCGGAGACUGCUGUGAAGACGUCCCAGAAAGCAGCCUAGCUCAACCCACACGUGAUGACCGCCAUCUGUGGAGGUGUGUACCUGGCUUCAUCACCAAACCGUCCUUUUGGCUCGUUGCUGACUGCCCUGACCAAUGGGCGGACGCCUUCACCAGGGAUCAGUGUUUGAAACAAGUGGACCCCUCCUCCCCAGUGACGUGGUUUACAGGAUGCCCCAGACGUCAUGGCUCAUCAAACAAAACCAUUCCCUUUCAAAACUGCAGCGAGCCCGCUCUGAAUUUCACAUCAGAAGAGUUCCGAGUCCUUCCCAAUGGUAGUGUCCACCUGUUGAGUUCUAACGUGUCAUGCCCGGCUGAGCAUGUAGCCAUUCUGAACACAACAGCGUCAAUCUGCGGGGAGUGCGUACUUCAGCACUUCUCAAACCACACGCACGGAGGGCAGACAGUCAACAGUUGGGAGGCUAACCAGGGUUGGGUAACCCUGAGUCUUGUGACAGUGUCUGGCGUGGCCGUGUUGGGUUUCGUUGUCCACACCGUCCAGUCUGGACAGUGGAAGAAAGUCCCCCAAAAGCUGAAAGUUCAGAUGACGACAUGCACGGUGGCUGCCGAAGUCCUGUUUGUGUUACGCGUUGUGGUCCCUUCUGGACCGGGAUGUACAGCUUAUGCAGUUCUCCUGCACUACCUUCUGCUGACGGCCUUCACAUCCAUGAACGCGUUAUCCAUGGAUCUCUUCCUCACGUUUCGUGAUGACUUAGACAGAGCGAAACUGCACAAGUACGUCCUGUUUACCUGGCUGGCGCCGGUACCCGUAGUCGUUGCCACAGUGAUUGUGGAGUUCGGCAGUUCUGUCUGGGUGGGGUACGGAGAAAGCUGCUGGAUCGGCAAUCCAACAGCCAGUCUGGUGGCUUUUGGAGUUCCUGUCCUCUGCGCCCUUCUGCUCAAUGUAUUCCUGGUCACGUUUGCCUUGCUGGCCAUACGGAAGUCAUUUCAGAUCGCCGACAAGGCAAAGUCGCGAUCAGACAUCAGCAAGGCCUGGGUCUACAUGCGUAUCUCCUUCCUCUCGGGGGUGACGUGGAUUCUCGGCUUCAUCUAUCCGUUUGUCAACAACAGGGCUGUCGAGUACGUUUUCAUCGUGCUGAAUGCCUCCCAGGGCCUUCUGCUGACUGUGGUGAUGACCCUAACAUGGGAGGUGGUGGAGAAAUGGAAGUCUGCGAUCGAGGCACGCUUCGGGCUCGGUGAGCCUAAUCAGGACAACUUGGCAACCGCUACUGCUGGCACCCAUCAGACUACCAUAAGGGCAACCGAGGCAGGCUCUGCUGUAGAAAUACCCAUGUCAACUUUGGCCGAUGUAGAGGGAAACAGGGCAAGCCUGCAUCUGACUGAACCUCGUCAGGACAAUGAAGCAACCACCUCUAAUGGCAGCCAGCAAACUGAGGCGAUGGAAGGAGGAACUGAGGCGAAGGAAGGAGGGACUGGGGCGAAGGAAGGAGGAACUGAGGCGAAGGAAGGAGGAGCUAAGGCGAAGGAAGGAGGAAAUAGGGCGAAGGAAGGAGGAGCUGGGGUGAAGAAAGGAGGAACUGGGGCGAAGGAGGGAGGAACUGGGCCAUGA